AUGCCUCCCAUACGUGGGAAAAGAGGCCCAGAGCUUGACUGUCUUACUAGAGCUCAGAUCUGUGAACUACAUCGUACCAAUGGUUGGGGUGCAACAACUAUAAAAAAGAAGCGAUUUCCAGACAUUCCACGCUCAACUAUUCAGUACACCCUUACUCAAGAGUCAAAGCGUCAAAAGCAACAGUCUUUACCACGCUCAGGGGGGCCAAGGAAGCUUACCGAGGACGACCGUGACCAUAUCUAUGAGACUAUACAACAAAACCCGUCAAUCUUAGUCGUAGACCUACUUACAGAGGUCGAUAAUAAGGUCAAACGUACCUCAAUUUGGCGGCUAACCCAUGAAAUGGGCCUUCGAAAGUGGCGGAAAAUGCAACGGCCUACUUUAACACCUCUAUCUGCGGAAAAACGCCUUAAUUGGGCGCGAAGAUAUGAGCACUUUACUUCCGAGGAUUGGGCUCGUGUCUAUUGGUCCGACGAGUGUACUAUUGAACGUGGUAUUGGCCAGCGUCAAGAAUGGACAUUUACCCGUCCAAAGGACCAGCUUUGGGAGCAUAAAGAAGAGGGCCGUCAAGUCCAAAUGGUUCCACCCCGUGGGAAACAGAUUAAACAGAUGUUUUGGGCUGCCUUUUCUGGUCUUCCACGACGCUCUGGUUUAAUUCCACUAUUCGGUGAUCCUCAAUCUCGCCGUGGUGGUGUUUCAUCUCGGACUAUUGAAGAGCUUUACCGGCGUGUUCUUCCAACGCUUCUUAAUAGUAUCGAUCAAGAUGCUAUUUUUCAACAAGAUAACGCGCCAGUUCACACAGCCCAUAUCAUUCGGGGGACCCUUAAUGAGCUUGAAUGUGAUACCAUGGAAUGGCCUCCCUAUUCACCUGAUUUAAAUCCAAUUGAGAACCUAUGGGCGCUCCUAAAGGCCGAAAUACUAAAGCGACACCCCGAGCUAAUGCAGCUCCCAAAUAACGAGACUACGCUGGAUCUACUAGUCGACGCUGCCCAGGAAGCUUGGGAGGGGUUAGAUAUCGAGAUAUUUAAGCACCUAUCUGAUACCAUGCCUCAUAGAGUUGCUGAUGUUAUUAAAUAUGAAGGUUGGCAUACUAGCUAUUGA